AUGAAUUAUCAAGUUACAUCAACAACAGCAACAGUGAACAGCAGUGCAUUUGUUAGACCUCAAGGAUUUUACAUCAGGGGAUUCAACUUGGCGCAAUACACCACUUAUUAUUAUACCAUUUUGUCUCUACUUUAUAUUCUGACUCUUUUAGCAAACAUCAUGCUGUUAUCAAUUAUUUUAUGGGUAGAGUGUCUUCACACGCCAAAGUACAUUGCAAUAUUUGCCUUAUCUAUUACAGAUAUUGGCUGCAGUACUGCCAUUAUUCCCAAAUGUGUGGAUGCAUUUCUUAUGAAGUCUAAAUUUAUUGUUUAUGAAAGUUGUUUAACUCAGAUGUUUUUUGUACAUUAUUUCUCUGCAACUGAGUCAUUCACUCUAGCAAUCCUUGCAUACGACAGGUUAAUUGCUAUAUGCUUUCCACUUCGGUCUAAUACAAUUAAUACAAAUGCUCGGAUGGUUUUAAUUAUACUUGUUUCUUGGUCAACUGCCUUUAUGCUGGUAGCUGUGGGAGUGAGUUUCAUUCCACACUUGUCAUUCUGCAAAUCCACCAUUAUCAACAGUCACUUUUGUGAUUACGGUCCAGUGUAUAACUUAGCAUGCAACAAUAUUUACGCAAGCUUUGUAACAUCAGGCUUCUUUGUUAUUGCAAUUAUUUUUCUUCCCUUGUCUUUUAUUGUCGCAUCAUAUAUUUGCAUCAUCUGCACUGUGGCAAAGAUAGUCUCUGCUGAAGCACAAUGGAAAGCGUUCAAAACAUGCACAGCCCAUUUAAUGUUAGUUGCAAUUUUUUAUUUACCGUUGUUGGUAACCUAUGUUUUAGUGUGGGCAACCCUGUACAUAGAUACAGACAUCAGAAUUCUUAAUAUGACAUUAUCAGCAACCCUUCCUCCCCUGCUGAAUCCUGUAAUAUACAGCCUGAAAACUGAAGAAAUUAUGGCACAAAUGAAAAAAAUUUUGAAGAAAAAAAUAAUUCACUCUUUACUCUGA